UUACUUUUAUUUCACAGAAUGUGUCGCAAAGGACUAUCAAAGCGAGAAAGAUGUCAAAGUAUGCUCAUUGGAUGGGACGAGGGGGGUAUACUACUCUUAGGAGGAAGUUCAGAACGUGAUUUCAAAGGAGGAAUGCCCCCAAGGUCAGUUAUGUGGUGUAAAGGGCGUGAAAGUAAAAGAGAAUUUAAGGAUGAAGAUGUUAAAAUCAUGGCUGAUAGACUAAUGGACCAUGAGAAGCAGAUAAAAGAAGGACAAGUAAAUGUUGAACUAGGAACAGAUGCCAUGACCUUAGUUUUUGGCAAGGAAAAGGGUGGAUUUUUAAAGGGUGUCGUCAUGGGAGUUACUUACAACAGAUAUUUCAAUGUUCCUCACAGCAAAGGGUCAUCUAAGGAAGAAGUUAAGGAUCUUAAAGUUGCACUGCAUAAUGGAAAACUUGAGCUAGAGAAAAAAGAUGUUGAACUCAAGGCUUUGUCUACAAAGGUUAAUGAACAAGAUCAAACACUAAAGCUAGUUUUGGUUCAUCUUAAUGCAAAAGGAGCUGACUUUCCAAAUCUGUCUCAUACAACUGGUGUUUCAAGUGAGAAGAUUCUACAAAGUAAUGAAACGUCUCCUAUUAGUCUCAAAACCAAUGAACCUUCAGAACCUGUAACACCAGUUAUUCCAAAACCCACCAAAAUACCUGUUCAAAUGAAAUCUGCAACUGCAACUCCCGAUGCAGAAUUGAUUUCCAAGAAAUCUGCAACAAACAGAAGUGGUGAAGAUCUUAUGGAAUCCUGA